GAACUGAACCGGAGCCUGUCACGGACAAACUGCGUAAGCGCUCUGACGUCAGCAGGUCAUCAUGGAGGAAUAUGCCCGUGAACCGUGUCCAUGGAGGAUAGUUGAUGACUGUGGCGGUGCUUUUACCAUGGGGGCCAUUGGAGGAGGGGUGUUCCAGUCUGUUAAAGGCUUUCGAAACGCACCUGUGGGUGUUCGACACAGGCUUAGGGGGAGCGCUAAUGCUGUGAGAGUACGAGCACCCCAAAUUGGAGGUAGUUUUGCUGUAUGGGGUGGGCUCUUUUCCACCAUAGACUGUGGUCUGGUGCGUUUGCGGGGUAAAGAAGACCCCUGGAACUCCGUCACCAGUGGAGCCAUGACUGGAGCCAUACUGGCUGCUCGCAGUGGUCCGCUAGCCAUGGUGGGCUCUGCAAUGAUGGGGGGGAUCCUUCUUGCCCUAAUCGAGGGAAUUGGGAUACUUCUUACAAGAUACACAGCACAGCAGUUUCAGAAUCCGAGUCCUUUUGUGGAGGACCCGAGUCAGCUUCCCCCAAAAGAAGGCCAAGAGACACGCGGAUAUGGACAGUAUCAGUAAAAUCACUGUUGCAGGGGUAACUGUAAUAUCAUAGACUGUGAAAAAAAAGAGGAUUGUUAGAAGUUUAGGACCCUUAUCAUAGUUUACAGUCCCCCUCUUAGACAGGGGGAUCCUCCUGAACCUCUCAUCCUCUAUUAGAUGGCCACUCAGGGGCAAGCAGUAUGCCAUUUGUAUUAUGUAUGAAUGUAUUUUGUCAUGUUAAAAGGGGAAAGAUUUUCACCAAGCAUACUGAGGCAGAACUCAAUCUACAUUUUUUUUCAUACUGGCCUGUUUGAACAUACUAAUAAAAAAAUACUGUAUAUGUAGCUAACUAGACCGUGCAGAGACACUUCUACACUUUUACACAUAAACAAAAUUUGAUUUUGAUUUUUACAUCACUGAUGCAGUGUUAUGAAAACAUUGAUGCAAAGCUGCAGCACAUUAUAUAAAGUUUUUCUUAAUCUAAUAUAUGAGCUGAACCUGACUGUUGAUACACCAGUGAUCUAUUUUAAAUUUUGCUUUAGUUCUUUUUGAGUUAUUUUAACUGAGAUCUUUCAUAGACUUUGUCUCUUUUUCAUUCACGCUACAUAGCCUGUCUUCCGUUUUUACUGAGAAAAAAAUCUAAUAAAUUUAUCUCUAAAAUAAUGUGCUGUCAGGAGAGACACCAUUGUUAAAGAUUAUAUUCAACUUUAAUGUUCCUCUACCAAAGUAAAUUUGAGUCAUUCAUUCUCUCCAUAUUUUCAGUCUCUCCUGUUUGACACUGAUUUUUUUCCCCAUACUCCCUUUAUCACUAUCUUUGUGUAAUGUCAUGUAGUUUUGUUUUUUGUUUUUUUGAUGGAUUAUUUAUUUUUGGAACUAUAUAGAGACAAAAAGAGGAUAUGUAUGUAAAAGUAUACAAGUAACCUGUCUCAAUAAAGUAUUUAAUGGUUGA